AUCCCAACGCCGCUUGCUGGAGCUUUCAGGAAGAAUCCCGACUGUAAACUCCUCCUCUUCCUUUUUGCGCGGAGGCCGUGGCGGAGAGAGCGCACGUCAGGCAGGCUCUUGCCCCCACCCCAAAAAACACGUUAUAAAAAUGCGUUACAUUGCAGCUUAUCUUCUUGCUGUUCUUGGAGGCAAUGAGUCUCCAGGCUCAAAAGAUUUGAAGAAAAUCCUUGACAGCGUAGGCAUUGAAACAGAUGAUGAACGCAUGAACAAGGUCAUUAAUGAGCUGAAUGGGAAAAACAUUGAAGAUGUCAUUGCCCAAGGUAACAGCAAGCUUGCCAGCAUGCCGGUGGGUGGGGCUGUAGCAGUCUCUGCUGGAGGCUCUGCCGCUCCUGCCGCAGGUGCUGCACCUGCUGCUGCUGAGGAGAAGAAAGAAGAAAAGAAAGAAGAAUCUGAAGAAUCAGAUGAUGAUAUGGGAUUUGGAUUGUUUGACUAAAAUUUUGUUAAGGGUUAUUCUGUAAUAAAUCUUGGUUGAAAA